AUGAACUUUGUCACCGUCUCAGGUGAUCAUACCGCUUGCCUCUGGGAUGUCUCAGACGGAGCCCCUAAAAGAGUUCUAGUCUUCUCGAACCAUACUAGGUCAGUAAAAACUGCAGUAUUCCCACCGACAAAUCCCUCCGUUUUCGCUACUGGCGCCAGGGAUGGACACAUUUUGCUUUGGGAUAUUCGCGCCAACAAUCAACCUAGCGUGGUCUUAAAGCCAGAUAACUGUCUUAUGAACUGCCACUCUAGUUUUACACCCAAGACUCCAGGCUCACAUAGCAAGAGACCGCGCUUAGACAAUCAACGGGCAAUAAGCAUCACUGGUCUCGUUUUCCAAGACGACCUCACUCUCAUAUCGUGCGGCGAAUGCGAUGGCAAUAUUAAGGUUUGGGACCUGCGCAAGAAUUACAACAUCUACAAGAGGGAACCACUGCCGAAGCAUUCCAUACCAUACUGUGGGAGCUCCGCCAAGAACGGCUACACGAAUUUGACUAUCGAUGAUGCUAGAGUAAGGUUGUAUGCGAGUUGCAUGGAUAACGUCAUAUACUGCUUCAAUAUAUCCACGUACAGUGCGGUUCCAGAGCAAAGGUAUAUCGGGCACGAGAACAGCACCUUUUAUAUUAAGACUAGCCUGAGCCCGGAUAGCAUGUAUCUGGUCAGCGGCAGCAGUGACAAAAACGCAUACAUAUGGAACGUGAAGUGUUCCGAGCCGGUGGUGAAGUUAGUCGGCCACUGGGCGGAGGUGACCUGCGCCGCUUGGUGCCAGAGGGGCGACACCAAGAUAGUGACGUGCAGCGACGACGCCAGGCACAAGAUCUGGAGGAUCGGCGGCGAGUUUGUCGGCGGCGACUGCGCGGACCUCAAGGGCCGCGCCGAACUAGUGCCGCGCACCGACCUCGCCAGUCUGCCCAAGUGGGGCGCCACGGACCGGACGCCGAGCUCGCUCAAGAGGAAACAGACCGCGACGCCGGGCUCGUGCGGCUCCAAACGCCUCAGAUCGCACGAGCAAAACCCCGUCAGGAGGACGAAGAGGUGCCUCACGGACCUGAUGAACGCGUCCAGGUCCUCGGACACCGAGGAGGCGGAGGUGCUGGUGAAGAGGCUGAAACUGGACGCGGCUCCGACUCCGGAGAUCAACGAGGCGCGAGCGGGCUCGAAGAGGCCCGCGGAGCCGCCGCAGCCGAGCACGCCCAAGAAGAGGUGCGGGUCCGGCGCGGGCCCCUCGGCGGCGCCCGAGUGGGGCUACAUCGCGCCCCGCGACGGCUCCUGCUUCCUCACGCCCACCAAGAACUACGAGCGCAGGGCGUGCAAGGCGCUGUCGCCGCGCAGCCCGCGCCCCAUCUCGCCGCAGAAGGCCUCGCCGCCCACCAAGGGCCUGCCCGACUUCGUGGCCAGCGGCGAGGCGCCCCACCUGCGCCUCAUGUCGCCGCACAAGCGGCGCCCCGCGCGCCGCGCUCCCGACUGGCUCACGCAGCUGGCGCGCUCCGCCCGCCCGCCCGCGCCCCGCGCCCCGCGCCCGCGCCGCCCCCCCGCCCCCCCCUCCCCCCCCCCCCCCUCGCCCGCCCCCUCCAACCCUUCUGCCGCCGGCCCGCUGCUCAGGUACUUCACCGUGGCCGCCAAGAGGCAG